GCAAAGAUCAGUCACCCAGUGAGAGCCUGGUCUUAAGUCCUGACAAGAUCCAAAGAGUGUAUGGAAGGAACUAUGCCUCACCAAGCUCUGCUCUUGGUUCUAGCUAUCCUGCUGGCCUACUGACCCCAGUGGGGGUUAGUUCAGGAGGUCCAAGGACCUGUCCACACUAUUUGCAACAUGGACAAACUGCAGAUAUUCUAUCACAGCUGUGGUGAGUUUUAAAGAAAAUAUUCCUUUUCAUUUGCAAAGCAACUCACUAUGUGAUAAUACGGCAGUAAAAAAACACUGGGCACAGAUGUCAAUUCAACAUCUACUCCACGUUGGAAACAACACUGAGUCAACCAGCAAACAUGACAGUGAUGAGGCAAAAAACCCUUUACAGGACAUUGGCAUCAUUGUUAACACAUGCCUUCCCAUGCCACCAUCCUACAAGGGCAAUUUGAGAGUGUCACUUCUGCUUCGGCAGUCUAUUGAGGAGCUAUACCUGUCUACUACUGUGCUCACAGGAGUGGUGGCUCCGUCAUCCCAUGACGAGCCCCUGUGCCUGCCCGAUUUCCCCCGCUUCUCCUUCUGCUCCUGGAAGAAAGGAGAAUUGAUUAUGAAAAACCAGUGAAGUUGAAGAAUCUGGACAAUUUACCACUGGGUCAACAGGAUGUGCAUGUUGUUUUGGUGAACCAAUACGGUUACCACAUUGCCUGCUUCAAUGUCACUUUCAUAAAAGAUAGGGGAGACAAAGGUUUAAUAUGAAUUAGAUUACAUAAGGGAUGAGAGGAGAAUAAUAAAUCAAUUUGGCCAUAUUUGGUCAAUAGUUUUAGGAUAGUGUGGUGAAUGCUACGGAAAUAACGAACAAUGUACUGAGAUAUUAUCUGUGUUUGCAAUACUUUAGAUUUGUCAUUCUAUAAACAUAUAGAAUUUUUGGACACAGAUUAAGCCUAGUAUUAGAUUUAAAACUACUUUGAAUGAAGAAUCUCUCUUAAACAUGCUUCUUCUUAGUCUAAAACUACGCUUAAUCUGUGUCUGGGAAACCGGCCCAUGUACAAAACGAAACCACGUACAAAACGAAACCAUUUGAAUAAAACUGACCUGCAUCAUAAUUCAAAUAACAUUAAUUAGAAACCCAUGUUUUGUGAAAGUGAAUAAUGUCAGUCUAAAUACAGUUUGUUCAAGUAUACAUUCUUGUAAAUUAGUUAUUUCUUAUUUGCUCUGCAGGUUCUCUGAUUCCCUUGCUACAUAUUUCAACAAACAAAUUAGGUUUCUUAACGUCCUUCUGACUACUGAUGAUUCCAAAAUGAAACUCUUACUUAAAAUAAACAGUUGAAAAGCGAACAUGUCCUCUGACUGAGUAGGCAUACAUCAGCAGUUUCAAGUCUGGUCCACUAGAGGGCCCACUCUUUUCAGUGUGAGACAGUACACGGAUAAUUCUCCAUGCCAAACGUGAGAAGUUCCUUGUUGGUUUUAUUGUUGACAUAAUUUGUGAACCCAUUUCUGUAUCCUGUUACAUCAAUGUCACUGUGUUAUUUAUCAAUAAAGGUGCUCUGUGGUCGAA